UAGCCUAAUGUCUUCCUAUGCAGAAUAAAUACUGUGAUGCUUCCCUCCUGAUACUGACUGUCUCGUCAAGCUUGAUAAACGAUAACAUUGAAAGGCUGUCGGAAAACAAACGAGAUGAAUUCCUCAAGAAGAAGCGAAAGUGAUUGGCAGGGUUUGGUCAGCGAGUUCCUGGUGUGUAAGCGCAAGUUGGAGAGCAAGAAGGAGGCCCUCCUGAUUCUGUCCAAGGAGCUGGAUACCUGUCAACAGGAGAGAGACCAGUACCAGCUGAUGGCCAACCAGCUCCGAGAACGCCACCAGGGACUCAAGAAGAAGUACAGGGAACUCAUAGAUGGAGACUCCAGUCUACCACCUGAAAAACGAAAUCAAUUGAAUUUGGCCAUGCUGUUGAGAGACUCCAGAGAAAGGAGUAAGCAGCUGUCUGAAGAGGUGAAGGAGCUGAAUCAACGACUGGCUGAGGCCCAGGGGGAUAACAAGCUCCUGCGGAUGACCAUAGCCAGACAGAGGUUGGGGGAUGAAGAGGUGGGGGCGAGACACUUCCCGGCCUAUGAGCGGGAGGACCUUGUCCAGCAAUUGGAGACGGCACGAGAGCAGAAUGAGGAGCUGGAGCACAGUGUGAAAUCUCUGACGGACGAGCUGCAGGAUGUGAGGGCGGAGCGUAACGUGUUCCAGGAAAAGGCCCAGCGGCUGAACCACGAGGUGAACCACAUCCUGGGGGGACACGAGUGUCAGAUCCUAGACGUAGAUGCACUCUGCAUGGAGAACAGAUAUUUACACGAGCGGUUCAAACAACUGCAGGAGGAGGUCACCAUGCUCAAAACGAAUGUCAUGAAGUACAAGAGUGCUCUGGAGAGCAGGAAGAACUCCAAGACGUAUGGCAAAGUUAACAGCAGUGCACUCACCGGGGUGCUCUCUGCCAAACAAGUGCAGGAAUUAUUGCUUUCUGAGGACCACGGAUGCAGUCUCCCCGUCACGUCUCAGUCCAUCUCAGACCUCAAGUCCCUGGCCACAGCCCUACUGGAAACCAUCCAUGAGAAGAACCUGGUCAUUCAGCACCAGCGCCAAACCAACAACCUCAUGUCUUCCUAUGUAAACAGGAUUCUUGGAAACCGAGUAGGGGAGCUCGAGAAGAAACUGAAGACUCUAGAGGUGUCGGGAAUAUGGAGCCUCCCAGGCCUGACUUACAAUGUGUCGCUGGGAUUCUCUGGAAGAGGGAGAGAUGCCAUCAUCCUGAAUGAAACUCUGCAGCCUAGAUCCACUGUGACAAGCUCUGAGGAGAAGGAAGUACCAUCCAAUGAACAGGAAGUACCACCCACUGAGCAGGAAGUACAACCCACUGAGCAGGAAGUACCCCCCACUGAGCAGGAAGUACCCCCCACUGAGCAGGAUGUAACCCCCAAUGAGCAGGAAGUACCUUCCACUGUGCAGUCUACCACAGAGGACGACAAGGUAGCCAAGGAGAGGCAGAGCCCCCCUGUCCCAAGCCAUGUGGGGAGGUUACCCAGUGUGACGGGGGAUACAGAGAUGGGCACCAAGGAGCCAGAGUCACCAGUCAGCCUGGACACAUCCAAGCAAAACACCACAGGAAAAUCUGCUGAGGAAGUCACUGACAGUUCUCAAGCAGAGACAAUAAACCUUGAUGAAUGUCAGACUGUCGACCAAUCACAAAGCGCAAAUGUGGUCACGGUGCUUCCAAGGUACCAAUUAGACGAGACUGUAGGCGGGACUCCAUCCCCUUCCUCAGGGCCAGACUUGGACAUGUCCUGCCCCAUAGACAUAUGCCACCUAUCGGAGCCUCUAAUGGACACAAAACCCACCCAGAGAGAGGCGAGUUGGUCAGAUGAUGACAUCUUAGGGGUGGGGUCUGAGGAGAUUGACAUUGCAGAGGGCUCUAUGACAGACGACACCAAUCUUCCAUCAUCAACAUCAACCUGCAGCUCUCCUAUUCAAACAAGUCCCACCCACGGGGAGAAGAACCAAUCACACCACAAGGCAGAACCUUCAGAAGAUGUGAGGGUCGAGUGCUUGACGAAUAAGGAGUCAGAAAUCCUUCCCUUGAACAGUAGCCACUCAAAUGCUGAAUGUUCAGACCAGGAUGGGGCAAUAGUGAAGAAUGACAGCUACUUUCGUGGUCCUCUGUAGCUCAAUUGGUAGAGCAUGGCGCUUGUAACGCCAGGGUAGUGGGUUCGAUCCCUGGGA